AUGAUACGGCAUAUACAGUUCAGAUUCACAACGCUAGUGUACUGCGUGAUUGUGUUGUUGGUGGAUUGCUAUUUAAGGGUAAGCGAACAGCAUAUUCCUUACUGCACAACAUUGCACCUCAAACUAAACUCUCACAACGCUCAAAAAUUCUUUUCUCUAAAUGCAAAAGAAAGUUUUCUUUAUGUGGAAAAUGGUAAACAAAGAGAUUGUAUGAUUGCAAGGAGCUUGAUAGUUCUAGUUAAACAACGACUGAAAGCUGCUAUAUGA